AAUGCAGCAAGGAGCGUCACAGACACCGACCAAUCAGAUGACGUGGCUGCUAAAAGCUUAGCUAGUCUGCUGAGGCUAGCAUAACUGUACGAAGCUCGAACAGUAAACACGUUCUAUAUUCGGAUAUAUUUCUCUUUUACCGAGGUCAGAGGUCGUCACCACAGUCUGUUCAUGGUGACCUCCAGGAGAGAAGAUCCUCAUCAUCAUCAUCAUCAUCAUCAUGUCCUUAACUGAGGAGAAGCCUGAGAAACACUGCUGGGUGUGCUUUGCCUCUGAGAGAGACGACCUCAAUGCAGACUGGGUGAGCCCCUGCAGGUGUAAAGGAUCCACUAAAUGGAUCCACCAGUUGUGUCUUCAGCGCUGGCUGGAUGAGAAGCAGAAAGGAAACGGUGGAGGAGCAGUGAGCUGUCCUCAAUGUGGCACCGAAUACCACAUCUCCUUCCCUACGAUGGGCCCGUUGGUGUUUGUCCUCCAGCAUGUGGACAGAGCGCUCUCACGGAUCAGUCCAUUUGCUGCUGUGGGGGUGGUGGUCGGCACCAUCUACUGGUCAGCUGUCACAUACGGAGCUGUGACUGUCAUGCAGGUCGUUGGACACAAGAAGGGUCUUUACUUGAUGGAGCGAGCCGACCCGCUCUUCCUCCUCAUGGGGCUGCCCACUAUUCCUGUGCUGCUGGUGCUGGGAAAAAUGAUCCGCUGGGAGGAGCAUGUGGUGCGGCUGCUGCAGAGGUACUCGUUCAGAGGGAAGCUGCCGCCAGGAGCCAGUCGAUACCUGUCCAGAGUCCCUGCUGAAGGGGUCUCUGCAGGAGACCACCUGUCUGUGUCCCGGACUCUGUGUGGAGCUCUCAUCUUUCCCUCCGUUGCCAGUGUGGUGGGCCGGCUGCUCUUUGUACGGAUGCCUUCUAACCUUCAGCGCUCUUUGCUGGGCGGCAUGGCCUUUGUGUUGAUUAAAGGGGUUCUCAAGGUGUAUUUCAAGCAGCAGCAGUCCGUCAUUCAGGCCAGCAGGAACAUACUCAACUACCCCGAGAGGAGCGAACCCAACGACUCUGGAGACGAGGACACCGAGGACAGUGGGAAUGAAUAGUCCAACGACGUGCUACAAAACAUCAACGUAUGUUGUAUCUGGAGCCUUCAAGAAUUCUGAGAGUUUGACUCACUCCUCAAUCAAUGUUUGUUCCCUUAAUUCUGUGAUCUUUGCCUCAAAUCUCAAAUUGGUGACAGUUUUUUUUGUCUUUUUCUAAUAGCAAAGGACAGCCAAUCAAGUUGAAGCACAUUAAACCUAAGCAACUUGUAUUUUACCCUUAAACGCACAAGUCUAAAGGGGAGAGUUUGGGUAAGAACAUGAGUCUGUUUAAAGGAUGUUAAUAUUAGAAACGAUGCGUGGCCUUUUUCCUUCAUAUGCUUCCCAAAUAUAGAUGGAUCCGUCUUGAGUGAAGCUCAGGUGUGUGUGGCAGGUGCGAUUGAGUGUGCGUUUAUUGAUCAUCUUCACCUAAGGGCUCAUUGGGAUGUUUGUAUGAGGUACUUCUUUAAAGUUAGGCUUUUAAUAAAGUGGUUUGAGUUUGUUCUGCUGUGACGUUUAAAACAAAUCACUGAUUGUUUUCAUGGUUAAAAGAAGCACGCAGUCGUUAAAGUGAUCACAGCUUCAGCUGUAAGUAUCUCCCUGGAAGCUGGUUGUGGUACUUUAUUACGUGUGUGUGAUUAAUGGACUUCAUUUAACUACAAGUCAACAUGUACCCACAGACCCUGUAGACCACUGUAGGUCAGAACAACAGCUCCUACUAUAGUGACCUCUGUACUGUAGUAAUACACUGAGUAGAAGUACCUCAUACAGCCAUUAACUGAGCACAGAACCGGAUGAGUACCGGACUUUAACCCAUGCAGACCUCUACUAUAUAUAUAUAUAUAUAUUAGUGUCAUUUUUCCCAGCUAGUUUUUGCUUGAGUUUAUAAGUAUAUUAUCAAGGUUGUUGAUGUAAUGGAUUCAAAAUGUUUCACGUUCAUUUGUCAGUUUAAAUUGUCUCUGGGAUCUCAAGGUUCUGAGUGGUUUCUUGUUUAAUAAAAGUGUGCUGCACUAUGAACUUUGACCUUGGGAGGCAAAGGCUUGUAAUGUUUUAAUGCUGAAUGUGCUGCAGCAGAGAGAAUAGUUUGCUUUCUUUGCACAUUUUGAAUACGUUCAAUGGAAAUAAAAGUUUUGGAUUUAUUGUUUCAAAGCUUUUUCAUGACGUGUAAAACAAAUAAAUGAUUUAUAAGCA